CGAAUCACGGGCCUUCGGCGCGUUGUCGUCCUUUCAAAAAUCAGGAAAAGCGCGAAAGACACCCAAGUGCGUUUGUGCGUGCUGUAUUUCUGUGAAUCGCAAUCCUGCAAUUACCCCCCACCGAGGAAAAACGGAACUAGUGCUGCGGAUUACGAAAUUGCGGAAAAGGGUGCGUAACGGGCGAAAUGCAGAUCAAUAAAACGGAGCAAGCGACGACGGAGCUCGGCCAAAGGAUCCAAGUAGCGCAGUCAGCAGCAGAGGCAGGACCAUCGACGGUGGCGGCGGUAGCUCCGACGAAAACGGAUUCUUUAAGAAUACAACGCAAGAGACAACAAUGGGGCAUUAUGCAGCUGUUCUCGAUCUCGGAAGCAACCCAAUCCUCACUCGUCUACUGCCAGCGUGCAUUGCGCGAUUUCGUGAAACUGCACCAGGUUGUAGCGUACCAAAUCGAUAAGCUACCCGCGAAGAAGGCGGUCCAAGCAAAACAAUAUCUAAUCGAUUUGGAAGACGAAAUCCGUAGUAUCGGCAAGGAGCAGGAGAAAAUAGUGACGGAAUUGACGGAAAAGUUGCGAGAAUUCCAGCAUUUCAUACUAGUGUCGCGUAGCAUCGAAAUUCCGAACGAGCUAGCGGACGGGUAUGUGUCGCACACGUUCCAACGGUAUUACGAGACAUGUAGCGUACAAUUCAAUCCACCGCCCGGUCUCACCUUGCGCCGCAAUGUGGCCGAAAUCGCCGAACAUUACAGCAUCGAAGCGAUACUGAAUAUGUACAACGAGGAGUGCAUUGAUCGGACACCGCAAUCUCGUUCGCUGAAAAAUCAAACGCGAAAGCGGGGCCCACAGCCACUGCUGGUCGCUUCCUCGCGCUCGCUAUUGAAACCGCCAACGGCGGAAUCGAAAUCGACUGAUGCAAGGGUCGAAGCACCAUCUAGCACCGUUGCCGCUCGGCUAGCGCCGAAGGAACGCCGUGCAUUUGCCAACAUUGGUAAGCCUCCGAUUGAGGUACAACAAGAUGUAGAUGCGAAGGAGGAAUUUACAGAAAUGCAGAUCAAGGUGGAGCCGGAAAUAAUCAUCGAAGAGCAACAGCAACAACCACAAUGGCCAUUGCCGGGUAAAGCUUGGAAGCCAGGGUUCCGUGGUCGUCCACCGAAGAUCGCCAAGGAGGGAGGGCUACUGCAUCUUGCCGCAAAUGAUAAAGUGAUGAAACCUACUGUGAAGGAAGAGCCACAUGACAUCGAGGAAGACGAUGAGGAAGAUCAGGAUCAGGAGCAGCAGCAGCAGCAGCAGGAGCUAUGGGUUGCCACCAACGAUUCAUCGAACGAGGCACCACCACCACCCACCACGGCAGCCUAUCGCCGUGGUCGUACCAAUCUGCUGCAAGCGUUAAACAAAACCAGACAGACCAAUAGCAGCAAUGCGAUCGUCGAGUCAUCCUUAAAGACGACGGUACAGAGUGGAGUAUUCACUGGUGCGCUACCCGCUCUCAACCAGCAAAAAGGGAAGAAGCGUUCUAGGGCGACUUUCGCACCCGGUGUUAAACUCGCUAAACACCCCUCCACCGGAACAGUAACAUCUAGCGGUUCCUCACCGAACUCUCGCUGUUCGACGCCUUCGUCGGGUGAUUCGUCGGAUCCACGUUCGUCGAUCGGAGAGUUACCGGCCAUUGAAAGUGAACCACCCGUUCCGACACCGCUCAGCAUCUUUGAGCUAGGCCAACCACCCUACCUGCGGCUGUUCGGUCUCGUGACGCACGAGGAAGCUAAGGUACUGAAGGAAAGCAAAGCCGUACGGAAGCGACGAAGCUGUAACAGCACCGAACGUAAGGACUUCCAUUAUGGUCGGCUUGAUUACUACGAGCAGCAGCUGUAUCAGCAGGCUACAACGGCAGCCGCGGUAGCUUCCGGAGCUGGAAGACGUCGUGUUGGCUGCUCCCAGCGCCCCGUACUCUACUCACCGCAGGUCGUUGUCAAGAAGCGUAAACAGACGGCACCACCACCACCGCCAUCUGGCAGCGGCACCACUAGCGGAUCCUCCUCAUCCAUCAACAGCAACAGCAGUCCGGAAGCGACGACGCUUCAGAACAUGCUGUCCGAGCUGGGCGAAAAGUGUUGCUUCGUUUGCAACGAAAAGGGCUCGGUAGCAGAGCUGAGCUCAUGCACCAACUGUUGCAACAUCUACCAUAUCGAGUGCCACGAGGGCGCGAACGAGCUCAAGGAAGAACUCUGUCCCGUGUGCCUUACCGACUGAGGGUUGGCCAGCUUUUUUCGUCGGUUUUACUUUUACGAACAACCGGAAAAUGGACCACCGGUCUGCUUGAUCGCAGGUGUUUAGAUCUCCCGCUCACUCACGGAGACCACCUUUGCCCACAUACUUAACGUGUGUACAUAUAGAAAAUCAUUCCCACGGUCUUACCGGGGCAGGAAUGGUAUUGAAUUUGAAUUAUGCCACUAGCCAGAUCAUAACGUUAAGCUAGUGAAGAGGAGGAACCGUUCUGGAAAAAAGUGUAUAAAAAGACAAGAAGGUCUUCGAAUCAUGACCAACUUGUUCGCUAUCGUGAACCAUAAUGUACGAUGUAAAUACGUAGCACAACAGUAAUUAGUAGGCUACUUCGCGUAUGGAGCGAAGUGUACAGAAGAGAACUUCUUAAAAUCAUAGGAGGCACGUAUCAUGAGGUGUUCCACGAUCUGCAAAGUAAGGCUAUUCGCUCCUGAAUUCUGUUUUGUUUGAUACAAGAAGUCGCCAUGCUUCGUUCUCAAUAAUCUUAAGGCUUUCGUUCUCUUCUGUUGUUUCAUAUAAACCUACAAAUAAAAUA